UGAAGGAAGCCAGCGGACGGAACAGCUUUGAGUGAUGUGUACCUGUACCUGAACCUGAACCUGAACCUGUACCUGACCACUCUGUGCUGCAGAACGGAGCUGCUCACCUGUGUAAGUGAAGAGUGACACUGCUCUCCAAAACAUGGGUCUGCCUGGAGCAUGGAGGAGCAUCUCGCCAUACCAAAACCUCAUCAAUCCAGGAAGCUGUAAAGUUCUGGAGGGAAGGAGGCCGUGCUCUCCGUACAGCUGCGGCCUCUCCAUGGUCCUCCUGUUGGUCACGGGGACGUGCAUCUUUCUCUGCGUCACAGACCGCUCUUUGCUGUCGGAACAGUGGGGCCAGGUGUCGUGGGAGUGGUCCGGCCCCAACCCAACGGCACCCACAGCUCCCUCCCAAAACACCGAACCGCACACUGAACCGCACGUUGACGUUCACACUGAGGUUCACGCUAAGUUCCAAUGGGAGGCCCCGGGGCCCUACCAUGUGGCCUACCCGCGCAGCUACAUCUUCACCCUGGACGAGCCGGACGCGUGCCGCGAGGAGGACCCUUUCCUGGUGCUCAUUGUGCCGGUGGCAGCAAAAAACCUCCUCGCCCGGGGCGCCAUCCGUAGAACCUGGGGCAACGAAAGCCUGGUUUUGGGAAAGACGAUCCGGCUGUUCUUCCUGCUGGGUCUCCCGAGCGGGAAGGGGUCCGAGCGGCUGCAGGCGGACGUGGAGAAGGAGAGGGAGGAGCACCGCGACCUGCUGCAGAGCAACUUCCUGGACAGCUACCGCAACCUGACCAUCAAGACCAUGAUGAUGCUGGAGUGGGUGGCCAGUCGCUGCCGAAACGCCAGCUACGCCAUGAAGGUCGACUCGGACGUGUUCCUCAACGUGCAGAACCUGGUGAAGAUGCUCCUGGACCCCAAGACGCCCAGGCAGGACUACAUCACGGGAAUGGUGACCCGGCAUAGCGUGGUGGUGAGGAACCCCAACUCCAAGUGGUACAUGCCCGUGGACGUGUACCCCGACGCCACGUACCCCCCGUACCCUCUGGGGAUGGGCUACGUCUUCUCCACCGACCUGCCCCAGAAGCUCGUGGACGUGUCCAGGCGGAUUCGACCCCUGUACAUAGAGGACGUCCACGUUGCGAUGUGCCUCAAGCAGCUGGGCAUAGUGCCCACAGACCCGCCCAGUCGCUCGCUGUUUAAGGCCUACAUGCCAUCCCGCUUUAACCGGUGCCACUACGCGGCGGUCAUCACCACCAUACUGGACGGUCCCGCGCGGCUGCUCCAGUACUGGAGCGACUUACAAAAACCGGCUCCCCCCUGCUAAAAAAAAACAAACAAAAAACCCCCUGUCAAAAGUCUCUCCAUAUCCUAGAACAAACACGCCGAUAAAACCAACACAAAGCUGUGCCCGCUAUGGUUUACAUAAUAGAGGCUUUAUUGGUGGCGGGGCAAACGCCUGGCUGUUCUUUUUUACGUGGAGACUUUCGACAGUCUAUUUAUUUAUAAACCUUUUCAGCUUCAGGUUGGAAAGCUGUGAGCUAUAGUUCUAGGGGGUGAAUAAAGAAACGGAUCCAGGAGUCACGGUUCUUCCUCUUCCUCUUCAUUCCUGCCCCCACCGGUGGAAAGAACUCUCGAUGACACCUGCGUCGUAUCACCUGUCCUUUCAUGCUGCAUCUUGUCUCUCAGCACUGUCUCAGAUCUGCUAACUUCAGCGCGUUUUUAUUAACGAGGCUCGUUAAUAAAAACUGUUGAGCAAUUAAUUUCGGUCAACGUACACAGUGAAGUGUUCAAUCAACUCUCACAGAGUACGUACGGUUCCGACUGGACUUGUGUGUUCUAACAGGGCUGAAUUAACACUGGUCAUUUUACUGUGUAGAACAACACCAAAUGUGGACAUUGUUUCUGAGAACACAAAUAGUGUCAUUACAGAUACAGCCAUCCAGUUACUUUCCAGUAAUGCAUGAGAGGACAUGUGCAUAUUUUAGACACUUUAAAUUUAAAUUUAUUUGGACACCAAACUAUGUGCUUCUUUCAAUUUUUUUGUCUUUUUACCCAAGACAGGGUUCACAGACAUGGUUUUUCCAACAUGUUUUUAUUUAACAGCGUACAUAAGGAGUGGAUAUUACUAUUCACUAAUGAUUGAGGUUCUUCACUGCAAUGCCAAAUUACUGUAGAUCACUGCUGAAGUGAUCAGAUCAAUAAAUGACAUGU